CACGCCCUUUCAGGGAUGAGUGUCUUUCGGGACAGUGGAGCCGAAGAUAGAAGUCUCCAGUUUGGCAGAAAACAACAGGAUCCAGCAUUUCCCAGAAAUGCACCAGACUCCAUUUGGAACAUCAGUCAGAGUAACGGCAGCGGGAAGAUGAACGGCUCCCUGGAAGACGUGGACCAGCCGGACCCGGACGCCAUCAAGAUGUUCGUGGGCCAGAUCCCGCGGUCCUGGUCCGAGACGGAGCUGAAGGAGCUGUUCGAGCCGUUCGGCGCCGUCUACCAGAUCAACAUCCUCCGCGACCGCAGCCAGAACCCGCCACAGAGCAAAGGGUGCUGUUUUGUAACGUUUUAUACCAGAAAAUCUGCUCUCGAGGCCCAGAAUGCAUUGCACAACAUUAAGACCUUAUCUGGGAUGCAUCAUCCCAUUCAGAUGAAGCCAGCCGACAGCGAGAAGUCAAACGCGGUGGAAGACAGGAAGCUGUUCGUAGGCAUGAUCUCCAAGAAGUGCAACGAGAACGACAUCAGGGUGAUGUUCUCCCCGUUCGGGCAGAUCGAAGAGUCCCGGAUCCUGAGGGGACCGGACGGGCUAAGCAGAGGCUGCGCCUUCAUCACCUUCUCCAGCAGAGCCAUGGCACAGAACGCCAUCAAGGCCAUGCACCAGUCACAGACCAUGGAGGGCUGCUCCUCCCCCAUGGUGGUGAAGUUCGCCGACACGCAGAAGGACAAGGAGCAGCGGCGCCUGCAGAUGCAGAUCUCCCAGCAGAUGCAGCAGCUGAACAGCGCCUCCACCUGGGGGAGCCUGGGCGGGCUGGGCAGCCUCACGCCUCAGUACCUGGCACUGCUCCAGCAGGCUGCCUCCUCCAGUAACCUGGGCGCCUUCAACAGUAUUCAGCAGAUGGCAGGAAUGAGUGCGCUGCAGCUGCAGAACCUGGCUGCCCUCGCCGCCGCUGCCGCGGCAACGCAGAGCUCAGCCAGUCCCUCCAACCCCCUGUCCUCUAGCCCAGCCGGUACGACCAACGCCUCCAGCGCCGCGGCCUCCAUGAGCUCCCUGACCUCCCUGGGCGCCCUGCAGGGGCUCGCCGGCUCCUCCGUGGGCCUCAACAGCCUCAACGCGCUAACGGGCGGCGUCAACAGCAUGGCGGCGCUGAACGGGGGUCUGGGGGCCGCGGGCCUGUCCAACGGGACGGCGGGCGCCAUGGACGCGCUGACCCAGGCGUACUCGGGGAUCCAGCAGUACGCGGCGGCGGCCCUGCCCACCCUGUACAGCCAAUCGCUGCUGCAGCAGCAGGGCGCCGCCGGCAGCCAGAAGGAGGGCCCAGAGGGAGCCAACCUCUUCAUCUACCACCUGCCGCAGGAGUUCGGAGACCAGGACAUCCUGCAGAUGUUCAUGCCUUUCGGAAACGUGGUCUCCGCCAAAGUCUUCAUCGACAAACAGACCAAUCUGAGCAAGUGCUUUGGUUUCGUCAGCUACGACAACGCCGUCUCCGCCCAAGCGGCCAUCCAGGCCAUGAACGGCUUCCAGAUCGGCAUGAAGAGGCUGAAGGUGCAGCUCAAGCGCUCCAAGAACGACAGCAAACCGUACUGAAGUUAGCACUAGCGCUGUACUGCUCUCACGCUAGCACUACAAGGAACAUCUCCAUGCCUGUUAGCUCAUGGUUUGCCUAGCAUGUGUCCGUGACGUCCAAACACGCGUCUCAUCGUCCCCUCCCCCAUUGUUUCCGAUGUCUUUUCUGAGCUCACCUGAUCAUAACCCGGUCUCCUCCUACUGACCUUUGAACCUAGCUUGACCUUUGUUGUGUUUUUUUUGUUUUUGUUUGUUUUUUGUUUUUGUUUUUGUUUUUUUUCUCCCCCUUUUGGAUUUUUCGUUUGUACGUUUGUUUGUUCGUUUGUUUGUUUGUUGCAUGUGUGACCUCAUUUGGAGCUUUUUGGGGUUUUGGGAGUACGGGGAGGGGAAGGAGAGGUAGGGGAGAUAAAUGUGAAAGCUUAGCUGCAGUCAUACAAGAGACAAGAGCACAAAACGUAAAGAAAACCUGUGGUAAAUCUGUGUUUUUCCUUCAUAUAUAUAUAUAUAUAUAUAUAUAUAUAAUUUUCUCUCAGUUUUUGUUGUCCUUUUCUUGAGAGUAAACUUGAACGAUAGUACAGGGAUCGGCAAUACGAGGCCAAGUCUGACCAGUCGUCUCCUACCAAGCUCGUCU